AUGGAGCUCGCCUGCUACACGCAGCAUCACCCCUUCCACUGCAGCCUCAUGGGCUCGGAGCCGUACCCGCCUUUCCCCGCGGCCGGGGCCGCCCAGCCCCAGCCGAGCCGGGCCAGAGCCGAGCCCCAUCAGCCGGCACCGCCGCAGCCCAGAGCGGCCGAGCCCACCCGGAUGAUCGCCGACCCGGUCAAGGGCAGGCUUUACUGCAAGGGACGCCUGCUGGGCAAGGGCGGAUUUGCGAGAUGCUAUGAAAUGACAGACGUCAACAGCAACAAAACCUAUGCAGUGAAAGUUAUUCCUCACAGCCGAGUGGCUAAGCCCCACCAACGGGAGAAGAUUAUGAAUGAGAUCGAGCUGCACAGAGGCCUGCAUCACAAGCACAUUGUCAAGUUCUCGCAUCACUUUGAGGAUUCGGAGAACAUCUACAUCUUCCUGGAACACUGCAGCAGGAAAUCCCUGGCUCACAUCUGGAAAGCCCGGCACACGCUGCUGGAGCCGGAGGUGCGGUAUUACCUCAAACAGAUCAUAUCAGCCUUGAAGUACCUCCAUCUCAAAGGCAUCCUCCACCGGGACCUCAAACUGGGCAACUUUUUUGUCAAUGACAACAUGGAACUGAAAGUUGGAGACUUCGGCCUUGCCGCCCGGCGUGAAUCUAUGGACCAGAAGAAAAAGACGAUAUGUGGCACCCCCAACUACCUCGCUCCUGAAGUGCUCCACCGGCAGGGCCACGGGCCGGAGUCGGACGUGUGGUCUCUGGGCUGUGUCGUGUAUACCUUGUUGUGCGGGAACCCUCCCUUUGAGACCUCGGACCUCAAGGAGACGUACAGGUGUAUCAAGCAGGUGGAAUACACCCUCCCGGCCUUCCUCUCCACGCCAGCGAAGCAGCUGAUCACGGGCAUCUUGAAACGCAACCCGUCUGACCGCCUCACGCUGGAGGAGAUCCUGGACCACGAAUUCUUCACCAAAGGUUACACACCUGAUAAGCUCCCACCCAGCAGCUGUGUGAUGGUGCCUGAGCUCAAUCCUCCCAACCCGGCAAAGACUCUGUUUGCAAAAGUCACCAAGACGCUGUUUGGGAAAAAGAAACCCACAAUUAAGAAGGGCCCCUCUGAAGAGAAGGAUGACAUCUCCAAGUUGGUUGUUGGCCUCAUGAAGACCUCUAUCUGCAGGCAGAUGAGCUACAAAACCGUGGAAGGGAAUGAGGUGACCCCCGUGACCUGUCCCAGCGUCAGCUGCAGCCCCGUGGAGACGCUGGCAGAAGAGGGCUCACGGAAGUCAGUCUCCAGGUCCAUUAGGGGGACAGCAGCCAGCAGCUGUGAAGCGUUUGAAGAGUGCGUCCCGGCCUCUGCAGUCACUGAGUCUGCCAUCGGACUCCUGAAGAGCUGCCUGUCCUCCAUGCCGCCAGCCCAGCGGAACCCUGCCUCUCUGGCUUGCCACGAGCACUUCGCCUGGGUGAGCAAGUGGGUGGACUACUCUAACAAAUACGGCUUCGGCUACCAGCUGUCCAACCACCGCAUCGGGGUCCUCUUCAACGACGGGACGCACAUGGCUCUGUCGGCCGAUCGGAAGAUGGUACAUUACAACCUGACCAACAGCAAACACUUCGCCUUUCCCAUGUCGGCCAUCCCAGAGCAGCUGCAGAGCCAGACCAGCGUCCUGCGGUACUUUGCCACCUACAUGGAGCAGCAUCUCAUGAAGGGGGGAGACCUGCCCAGCAUCGACGAGAUUGAGCAUCCUGCACUGCUGCUCUUGCAGUGGGUGAAAACUGACCAGGCCUUGCUGAUGCUCUUCAGCAACGGAACGCUCCAGGUGAACUUUUACAAUGAUCACACCAAGGUGAUCCUCAGCAAGCCAGACCAUUCCUGUCUCCUGACCUACGUCACCAAGGACCGCAACUCCUACACGUACAAACUGAGCAGCAUCCGGGAGCUGGGCUGCUCUCCAGAGCUCCAGUACCGGCUCAAGUACGUCCUCAAGCUCCUCCAGGAGAGGGCCGACACCUAA